AAUCUGUAUUUUAUAAUACUUUAUAGGUGCCAUGGAUGUAGCAUUAGGAUCAGCAGCUACUGGAGUUUUUACAAAUUCACAGAUGGUGUGGAAUCACCUAUAUGAGGCUAGCAUUCCGACAGGGGAUCGAGUUUGGAGAAUGCCUCUCUAUGAACAUUACACAAAGCAAGUGACAGACUGCCAACUAGCAGAUGUAAAUAACAUUGGAAAAUACAGGUCUGGUGGUGCAUGCACAGCUGCUGCAUUCCUGAAAGAAUUUGUGACUGCUCCUCACUGGGCUCAUUUAGAUAUUGCUGGUGUAAUGGAAAACAAAGAUGAGGUUCCAUAUCUGCGAAAAGGCAUGGCAGGAAGGCCAACACGUACCCUGGUUGAGUUUAUUACUCGAUUGGCCUCAGACAAGCAAAGCUUCUAGAAAGCAGCUUUGUGAGGAUCACCACUGGCUUUAAAAAUGGUUAAUUUGAAUUGGAAUCAGCCAGUGUACAGAUAAAAUUCCAAAGGGCCAUCCAUCUUUUUCUUUAAUUUCGGGAGGCUACUUUGAAAUGAUCCAAAGUGAUGGACUAUAAAUUCAUUCCAUAGAAUUCUACUAAUCACGUUCACUUUUUAUAAUCUUCAUCCCAGGAGCCUGUCCUGUAUUUGGUAUCCAAAGAGCAAUCAGUCUAAACCAACAGGAGUUAUAAUAUGGAUUGAAUAAUAGAUUCACAGCUAUUACAUACAAUAAAUAUAUCUUCUGACA